AUGCGGUGGUACCUUGCGAUGCUUGUCUGCGCCCUUGUGGCUGCGGUAAAUGCUCUGAGUAGCUCUGGCAGCCGCCUGCUGGUGGUCUUGGACGAUACUACAGACAAGAGCAGUUACUCGAUACUGUGGUCAGAUUUGGAAGGUCGUGGAUAUGAUUUAUCCUUCGAAUCUCCCAAGAGUGACAAGCUGUCCCUCUUCCAACAUGGCGAAAGAGCUUAUGACCACCUCCUCAUCCUUCCCCCGAAGUCAAAGGGACUUGGCCCUAACUUGACCCCGAAACACAUCUUGGACUUCAUGAACCAGGAUGGUAACAUCCUCCUCGCCCUCUCUGGCAAGGCCUCUACCUCCAGCGCCAUCAGCUCCCUCCUCCUUGAACUUGAUAUCCACCUUUCGAAUGACCGCUCCGCUGUCGUGAUCGACCACUUCAACUAUGACACAAUCUCGUCCGCCGAGAAGCACGACGUCCUUCUGCUCGAGCGCCAAGGUCCCCUGCGUCCCGAUGUCAAGGCCUUCUUUGACGGAGAGGGUGUUCUCGCCCUCCCGCGUGUUGCCCCUCAGACCCUGGGUAGCGAUAGCCAGCUUAUUGCCCCGAUUCUGCGAGCUCCUGCCACCGCUUAUGCGUUCAACCCGAAGGAGGAGAUGCCUUCGCCCGAGGACAUUGAAGCUACCGGCUCUCAAUUGAAUGUAGUAUCGGCCGUUCAGGCUCUUAACUCGGCACGCUUCGCUGUUCUGGGUUCCGUGGAGGCUCUGGAGGACCAGUGGUUUUCCGGUUCUGUCAAGGCUCCCAACGGCAAGAAGGUUCCUACUGUUAAUCGCGAGUUUGCGAAGCAGUUGACUGCUUGGGCUUUCAAGGAGACUGGCGUUUUGAAGGUUGAAAAGAUUGAGCACCACCUGGCCACCGAUGGUGAGGUGGCUGCCGAGGACCUGAACCCCAAGAUCUACCGUGUCAAGAACGAUACCGUUUUCAGCAUUGAGGUCUCGGAAUACUCUUAUGACAAGUGGGUGCCCUUUGAGGUUCCCGCUGGUGAUGAGCUGCAGUUGGAAUUCACCAUGCUCUCUCCUUUCCACCGUCUGGCUCUCCAGCCUACCAGCCAGACCGAGAUCAGCACCGUGUACAGCACCCAGUUUACCACUCCUGACCAGCACGGCAUCUUUUCGUUCCGUGUUAACUACAAGCGCCCUUUCCUUACCAGUAUUGAGGAGAAGCACGAGGUCACCGUGCGCCACUUUGCGCACGAUGAAUACCCUCGCAGCUGGGCCAUCACUGGUGGUUGGGUGUGGAUCGCCGGUCUGUGGUCCGUGAUUGGAGGUUUCCUGGCCUUUGUCGUCGUCUGGCUGUACUCUGCUCCCGUGGCUGACAAGGCCAAGAAGAUCCAGUAG